GGACUCCUAUGUGUCCUGUUGACAUCCAAACGGCACGUACAGACUACGGCACCGUACAGACUACGCCUCCGACACCCAGACGAGGGGGACCAUAUCCAUGGUCCAUAUGUGCUGGAGUCUUCGAGAGAGUCGAAUACACAGUAGACUUCACCUUCACGGAGAGUUAAGCUGCUGGAGUAUUACAUUAGCUCAUCCAAACCGGACCUCAACAAGAUUAUCCCAUUUCUCCUUCAAACGUCUCCGAGGUUUUUGUCAAAGUGGUGUGUUGAGUUUGGCCACGUAAGGUGCCGUGGCUGUGAGGCGUUGGGUCUCCUAUGGUUAUGCCAACAUAAUGGUUUGUUCUCGCUUCAGUUCUUAUGUGAAAAAUGUGGUCCGCUUGAGAGGGUGUGCACAAAGACGGAUGAGUAACCACACAAAUGGAAUCGUUUUUCAAACCCCGACCACAUCAUGUGGUUUCUGUAUUUCCAGUGGCCAAUCCAAGCUGAAAUAUAGUGGCAAAUAUUUUGCCAAGACAAACUCUUUUUCAUCAUUUAUUGGCUUCCAAGCAUCACAGGGGAGUUGUUUUCGUCCUUUCAGUUUAACGCAGAGGAGCAACUGGCAUUCUCUAACUAUUGAAAGUGAAGUUAGAUCUACACAACCCCAGAAGAUAUGCUUUGAUUUUUCAUCUGGGUGCCAAAACAUGAAGUUCAAGCUUUCGGUUCCAAAUCUAGGGAUUAUUCACAAAGUAAAAUGUAACGUGGGACCACUAUCUUGGCCGCGAGGAUGUGCAUCUGCAGGCUUAAUUGGUGGACUAUUGGUUUGUAAUUCGACUUCUGAACCAGUACAUGCUGAAGCUGCCCAUUCAGAGGACAACCAAGAAGACCCAUCUGUCACCUUUUCUCAUGGGAAGAAAGUCUACACUGACUACUCUAUAACUGGCAUACCAGGGGACGGAAGAUGUUUGUUUCGCUCUGUUGCUCAUGGCGCUUGUCUACGAUCAGGGAAACCUGCUCCAAAUGAGAGCCUUCAGAGGGAAUUAGCAGAUGAUUUACGGGCUAGAGUGGCUGAUGAAUUUGUUAAAAGACGAACAGAGACGGAGUGGUUUGUAGAGGGAAAUUUUGAUACUUACGUAUCACAAAUGCGGAAGCCACAUGUAUGGGGAGGUGAGCCUGAAUUAUUCAUGGCUUCACAUGUUCUCCAGAUGCCAAUAACGGUAUUCAUGCAUGAUCCGGAUUCAGGCGGGUUGAUAACCAUUGCUGAGUAUGGGCAACAACAGUAUGGCAAGGAGAAUCCCAUCAAAGUACUGUAUCAUGGCUUUGGCCAUUACGACGCGUUGCAGAUUCCAGGGAAGAAGGGUGCCCCAUCAAGACUCUAGUAGUAAUCAUAUAUCCCCAAGGAAAAAUAGAGGCGAGUAAUGGCAUCAGUACUACGUAGAGAAGAAAGGUUAAUAAUAAAAGUCCUAACACUAUUUGUUAUUCUUAUUUCCUCAUUUGUGUUUUCAUACUGUAUCCUGGGGCUUUGAAAUGGUCCAAAUGGAGCAGCACUUGUGUACUGUAUUAGUGACUGUAGUAAGAUGAAAAUCUUCACUUUCUUCUACCAUGCUGUAUUGCACUCUGAUUGAGUGAA